CGCAUGUUUCCGACAAUGAAACUAAGCAUUGGUGGUUGUGAUUCGGAUGCGUUCUACUAUGUUUUUCUGGACGUGAUACCGGUGGAUAAUCGACGUUAUCGGUAUAUUUACAAUAAGUCUUCCUGGCUUACAGCUGGCAAAGCCGAGCCUGCUCCUCGCAAUCGCCUGUACAUGCAUCCUGAUUCUCCAUUUACCGGUGAACAGUUAAUUUUAAACUCGAUGCAUAAAUAUCAGCCACGGGUGCACGUUGUACGAAGGCCACGAGAAAGGCCGAUUGAACAAGUAAAAUUUUAUUCAAACAAAAAGUACUACUGUAAUUUUUGA